AUGGGGAAACAAUAUAUUGCUACUGCCAAUGCAGGACAGGUUCAUAAAUCAGAUAUUUAUGGUGCCUCGGUGACAAAACCAUACACAUUGACAGUUUCAGGUGAUGGCUAUCUUAAGCUUUGGUUCAAUAAUAUUCUUGAGAAUCAGAGUGCUAAGGACCAUGUGAAGGAGGUAUUUGUUGAUAAGAUGGGGCUCCAUCAUGUUACAGCAUUUGAGGAUGUCAUCAAUUCCGUCAAAGUGACGUUGAUCGCUGUGACCACUUUCUCUGGGAAAGUAGUAUUUUACCAGCUUACGACCGAUAAUGAGGUGGAAAAAGUUACAUCGUUGAAAUUGAGUAGUGCAAGCACCGCCAGUUGGGCAAUUGAGUUUGUCAAAGAUCCACUUAAUCAAGAUCAUCGGUUUGUGGCGACUCAAUCAAAUGGGAACACCACAGUAUACAAGUUUAUGGCUAAUGUGGAUGAUCAGAAAACUCCCGCUUUCAGUUUAGAAUAUUUCGGGACUGUUGAACCAAAAGUGUCUAACUUUGCCAUGUCGUUGGCGGUGUCACCAAACGCUGCGUUGGUGGCGACAGGGUUUGCCAAUGGUGACAUUGUUGUUUCUGAGCUUCGUAAUUGCAGACCGGUGUUCACUUUUCAUAAGCCUUCUAUAACUAGUGAAUCGAGUGGUACUACAGUUUCAUCUGCUAUUAGAGCGUUGAAGUUUUCGCCAUCGGGAGAUAUCCUAGCGUGCGGUUACGAUUCUGGUAAGUUUGGGAACAUAUCUCUCUACGACACAAAGUACGGGGAAAUCAUUGGAAGCUUGACCACUUCUACGCAUUCUUCGUCUGCUAAUAUCGAUGUCAAUGCCCAUGAGGGUUGGAUUUUUGCGGUGGAUUUCAACGAAGACGGAGAUUUGUUGUUGUCUGCUGGGUUUGAUGGAAAAAUCAGAAUAUGGAGUAUCGAUUCAAGGGAAAAAGAGGCGACAAUAACUAAUUCAAUGACCGAUUUUGCUGAGUCUGAAAGUGAAAAUGGCCAAGAUGGUGACUUGGUGGGGAUCUUGGAUGCCAAAUUUAUUCACAAGGGGGUUAGAGCCGCCACUGGUUCUUUAACAAAUGAUGGGAUUGUAUGUGUUGGUAUGGACCGUGGAGUUAGAUGGUUCCGUGAAGCUGGGGGAAUUUGA